AUGACAAUACAUCAUCAUGGGUCUGCUGAACGAAAAUCGAUAGAUGAUUACUCGGAUAUUCCACGUGGCGAAGCCUGUAAGCAGCUUGUCGAGCAGCUGAAUCGCAAUUUGUACUCAUUGAAUGCCAAUAUGCAUACCACAUUUAAGCAGAUGGUUCAUGUAGAAACAAGAAUCGGCCACGAGAUCUCGCUCCUCUCUUCCUGCCUCCAGGAGAACAUGUCCAAGUGCACAAUGCCGUACGCGCCACACGAAGAGCAGCUGGUGCAGUUGGACACAGCGAAACGGAAUCUGAAGCAGCUGACACGUCUUCUGGAUGCCCGACAGAUUUUUGAUUCGGAGGAUGGGCAGUCAGAGAAGCUCAAGGAUCGGGCGAUCGAUGAUUCGUUGCUCCCGACGCUGGUGGCGAUUGGCGAGAAUUUGAAGAUUAUUAAGGAGAAAAUUUUUGAAAUUUUUAAGCUUGGCGCCAAGCCAAAAUUCGACACCGAGGCUUAUCACAAAACCAAGGAUCGAUACCUGGCUUGGAAAGGAACGGAAUUUGCUGUCAAAUUUGAUACCGCUGGUGGCCUAGAUGACAUUUUUGAAGCGUUUACCACGUUGAAUUCGGUCAAUGGUAAGACAUCCGGACAAACAGUCACAAAAAGAGGAAUUUCAGACUUUUACCGGCUUUAUCAACAUCAUUUCGACCAAUCGCUGAACACUCUUCUCACUAAGCAUUCUGGCGUUGAGGAGAAGAAAUCGCUGAAAGAAAUCGGAAGUUUGUUCGUUUCGAGAGCCGCUGAGCACUUUAGAACGCAUAUUGGAUCCCUCUGCAAGUACUGUGACGAGUCUGAAGCCUUUACACGUCUUCUGGACGCCUGGAAGAAUUUCGUUAAAAAUGGAGCGUUGGAAGCGAUUUUUGAGCAAUCUAUGACUAAUUAUACUGAUUACGACUUGUUAUCAGACUUGAAAGCGAUCGUUAGCAAGGCCUAUGAGGAGUUUGACGCAGCCAACCACACCGCAUCAGAAGGCGUUGCAGAUGAUGAGGAAUGCAUUGAGAAUAUCGAGAGAAUCAUUGUCGAUGGGCUUCUGGAGAGCGCCAAAAAGCCGUUGGGCGAGAAGUUGAAGAGUAUGGUUGAGCCGCCGCCCUUGAAUUUUAGAUCCGUCGCCGAAGUGUCCACAAGCCUCGAGAACUUUGCCUAUCUGCUCCGUGAAAUCUCCCAUCAACUUCUAGAAAUCUACUCUGACGAUGACGGUCGUGAAUACAUGAUAUCUAUCCUAAAACCGAUUUUCACGGACUACACGAUGCGUUUGGGACGAAUGGAGGAUCAUUCGGCACAGAAAACGAAGCUCGAGGAGUAUUUGGAGCGGAUUUCGCUGUCUGGACAGUUGGCGGGGAUUGUGGAUGAGUAUAAGGAGCAGACGGAUGAGAAGGCGGGGCAGGAGCUGAAACAGGCGAAGAAAUGGAUGAAUGAGAGGGUGAAAGACGCUAUUCGAGCCAGUCAUCGAUUUGUGACGGAUAAAAUGCCGAAUCAUGGGAGCGAAGUCUACAAGGAGAGCGUCGACAUGCCGAAAUCCGCGCUUCCAACGCCACAGGAUUUCGUUGUCUCGGCGACUCAAAACCUUCUCCAUCUUCUACGCUUCUGGGAAGAGGCGCUGGCCAAUGAGAGCACCAAGAUUGCGCUCACGGCACAUGUGGCGGAUAUGAAUAAAGACGUUCUCGAAGCCCCGGACGACGACACGAUUUUCGCGGCGAUUCUGGAUAAAAUCGCCGGCCACGUCGUCAAAAAACUGCUCCAAUCGAUUAACGACGUCUGGCUGACGGAUGGAAAAUCGGCGACACUUUCGAAGGGACUCGUCAAAGAAUUCCUGUGUGACGCUGAAUACCUUCAUGACGCACUUCUGGAUCUUCGUGCCGGAGUUCAUGCGAAUCUGGAUACGACGAUUGAGAAGCUCCGCGAGCAGUUGAAAACGAUGGGAUGA